CCCGGAAGCGCUUAACAGAGCGGCUACUUCAAGCUCUGCAGCGGCAAAAUAAAUGGACUGGUAGAGUUCAGUCUCGUGUAAACUGCAGAGCGAGGACUAGCUAGUUAACUAGGAACGGGGGAUUUUCUGUAUCAUCGGAUACUUACUAUCGAAAGACAUCGUCACAUGUGACCACAAGUUUGAUCUCCAAUAACUGUAUCGGAUAGAGCAAGCUGGCUAAAGCGGUUCUAUUGUGUUAGCUAGCUAACUAGUCUACAGUAACUCGGCGAGUUUGUACUGAAAUUUUACUUUAGCUAGCACUACGAUAGUCAUUGUCCUGUCUUGGUAGAAUGUGUCUUGACCUAACGUUACGUUCUCAGCACAUUAUUGAUAAUGGCGGAUGGGGAGCUUUGUCUGAUUGAUAAGAACAUAAAAAGUUUGUUUGAAGUCCCGUUGAGUGUUAAUGUGAGAUCGCUGAAUCUUCACUGUAAUCGCAUAUCAAAGAUUGAGGGACUGACUACAACAUGGCAACUUCGACACUUGGAUCUGUCGUCCAAUCAGAUCGCUCGCAUCGAGGGGUUGGACUCGCUUUCCUCCCUGCGAACCCUCAACUUGUCCUGUAAUUUAAUAACCAAGAUUGAAGGCCUUACUGGUCUUGUGAACCUGAUAAGACUGAACCUGUCUUAUAAUCAAAUAAGUGACUUAACUGGUUUGUUGUACCUCCAUGGUAAGGAGUACAAACUAAAACAUCUCAAUCUCCAAAGCAAUCGCUUGAACAACUUAAAGCAGCUGCUGCAGUGCAUGGUGGGAUUGAAGAGUUUGAAUGAUGUCAUUCUGAGCAUGGAUGGCAGCAGUAAUCCAGUAUGUGCCACUCCAGGUUACAGGGAGAUGGUCCUCCAGUCCCUCCCACAGGUUACGGCCCUGGACGGUGUGGACCGCCUGGGGAACACCGUUCCCCUCAUGGACGACUGUCCCAUCGAUAUUCCCGGGCUGGAGGACUUCGUGGAGUUCCUGCUGUCCUCGGACGCCAGCGUCAGUGCCGAGAAGCCUAACUCGGACACCACAGCUCUCACCACACCGCGUAUUGACGAAGUUCUGGCCCAGUUUCGGGAGCGGGUAGGCGGCAGGGGUGUGGCCGGGGCCGCAGGUCGCGCCCCCGCUGGAAACGAGAAGGGGAGCGGCGACCUGCAAAACACGCUCCGGAUCCAGAACCUGGAGCGGCAGCUGUCUCAGCUCUUCACACAGGCUCCCAGCAGCUCCGCCCCCAGCCCUGGCCCCACCCCCGUGCGGAAGGCGAAGCGGGACAUCGACCACACCUCGGAGAGCGAGGUGGACAGCGGGAAGGAGAACCGCCGCAGCGGGCGGCGCUCGAGGUUACCCACGCGCAGGGUUGUCACGGAAACCGCCGGAAGACGACCCGCAAAAGACCCCAAAGGCAGGAGAUCAGACAGCGAUCUAGAGACGACCACCACAGGGGAAUCCGCCAAAAAGGCAGCCAGUCCACGGAGGAAGGCGGUCUCUCGGGGCCCACCUCAGCACGUGGAGACGGGGGCCACGGCCAGGAAGGGACUGAAAACGAGCACUAGGGCCCCCACCUUCAAGAUCACCUCUCAUAUCGAAGAGGAGACGUACAGGGCCAUCGUUGAGGAGCGGGACCAGGAGAGGGAGAGGAGGUGGAAGGCGGAACAGGCUGUGAAGAAGCUGACGGAGCAGCUGAAUCUCCUCCAGACCAGAGCCGGAGAGGAGAAGGACAUCCAGAACCUGGCCCUGCACACCACUGACCGGCUGAAGGCGCUCCUGUUGAAGGAGAGGGCGGAGCGCGCCGAGCUCCAGGAGAGGGAGCGUGCCGCUCAGGAGGAGCUUAAACUCGCCCGCAGCCGGGAGGACCAACAGCAGAGGGCGCUGCGCAGUCUGGAGGACAGUGUGUCCCGGGCCGAGGCACAGAGGGCCCGCCACCAGGCCGAGGAGAUGAAGAGGAGCCAGGAGCUGGAGAACAAGGCCUCCGCACUGAGGAGGGAGGUGGAGAUCCUGAGGGCGUCCGCUCGGCAGUACAAGGACAAGCUGCAGCAGCUGCACGAGCUGCUGGCCUCCAGAGAGCAAGUGCACAGGAAGGAGCUGGAGUCACGGCUGGCCCCCGGGGGGCCAGAGUUUCAGGAGUCGCUGCGGCGGGAGGUGGCGGUCGUGGAGGAGAGACAUGCCCAGCAGCGGGCGGAGCUGGAGGAGAAGAUGGCCGCCGCCAAGAAGCAGUACGCCGAGCUGGAGGACGAGUUCCGCAUGGCGCUCACCAUCGAGGCCACCCGGUUUGCAGAGCUGAAGGAGGGCUUCGAGCACCUGAGCGCGGAGCUGGCGGAGCAGCAGGCCGCCCUGGCCGGCUCCCAGCAGCGGGAGAAGCGGUCGGCCGCGCUGGUGCAGGAACUGACCGCCAUGGUGAAGGAGCAGAAGAGCCGCAUCGCAGAGCUCAUCAAGUCCAGGAAGGAGGCCGUCACGGAGCUGAGGACUCGCGUGCGCUCGCUGGAGGGGAACGCGGAGGAGGACAGGAGGCGGAGCGUCCAGCUGGAGCUGCUGAAGCAGGACAAGUCCAAGCUGCUGUCCCAGCUCACCGCCCAGGAGUCCGUCAUCCAGGGCCUGCGGUCUGAGCGCCGGAUCUGGGGACAGGAGCUGGCCCAGCAGGGGGCGUCUCUGGCCCAGGACAGGGGGCGGCUGGAGGCCAAAAUCGAGGUCCUGGCCACUGAACUGGAGACCCAGAAGAAGCUGAACGAGCGGGACAACGAUGCGCUCAAGAUCAAGGCCAAGAUCGUGGACGACCAGACGGAGACCAUCCGCAAGCUGAAGCAGGGUCUUCUGGACAGGGACGAGCAGAUCCGCAGGUUGAGAGAGGAGAGCCUGCAGGCUGAGAAGAGAUUCCAGGAGCAGCUGGAGGAGGAGGCGGGGCCUGUGCGGGACCUGAGGGAGCGGGUGGAGCUUCUGACCCACAGGAAGGAGGAGCUAAAGCAGCAACUGGAGGACAAGGAGUUAGAACUGGAGGAAGUUAAAAGUGCUUACAGUGCCAUGAACUCCAAGUGGAAGACCAAAGCGGACCUGCUGACUCGCCUGGAGGAACAGGUGAAGCGCAUGAAGGAGGGCUUUGAUGCCAAAGAAAAGGCUCUCCUGGAGGAGAGGGACAGAUCCGUCCAGGCGCACAAAGCUGUUAUGGAGAAGCUGCGCACUGUGGACGAUGCUUUCAGGAGGCAGCUGGAGAGCGCACAGGCUACCCAUCAGGCCGAGCUCUUUCACCUGGCCAAUGAGAAGCAGAAACAGAUUGAGCAGGCCAAUCAGAAGGUGUGUCUGGUGGAGGAGGAGAUGAGGCUCCUCCUAGAGGAGACGCAGAGCACCAAGAAGGCAAUGGAAGAGAAGAUGGCGCGCCUCACCAGCGUGCUGAAGGACUUUUAACCUGUUAGAGGAGACUGUUUCCGUUUAAAACCCUUGGGGGCUCGGAGGGUUCAGUGUGGGGUCAAGGAUUAAUAACUAAAAAUGUAAUAACACCAUCUCAUCUGACUGUAAAUAUUUACAAUUUGGUUAAAUUUAGUUAGACAAAGCCCUGUUUUUGUGUUUUUUUUAAUGAUUUUAUUAUUUGCCAUAAUGUUGUCAUUUUGUAAAAUUGUUUGAGCAUUAUCCCUUCAUUAAAUAACCCCCCCCCCCCCCCCCCCGCAAGAAAAGUGUCAGAUUUCAAUCCCCACCCUGAAAGACCUCCCAGGUAUGGAGGUCUAUCAAGCUGACCACUGUGCCUUUAUUUAUUUACCAGUUUUCCUCCAAACUAAUUUAUUUUUAAUAUGAAUUUAUAUUUGUUGCAAUAAAGUCACAAAUCCUCA